AUGGGUCUACCUAUGGACAGCUCAGACAGAAACAAUGAUGAGCAGCCAGGAGAGGAAGAAGGGAGCCGGAGCCAAACCAAAGCCUGCAGCCGCACGCCGCUGCCCAUCAGCAAGAAGAGGAGGAAAAACAAGAAGAGGUACUUUACUGCUGGAGCUCCUCCAGCUGUACUUCUGCACUUAUUUCCCAUUGCAGUGCGGCGAGCUGCUCGCAGAUACGGACUCCGAGAGGCGAUGGAGGGUGAAGACUGGACGCUGUUCUGGACCGACUGCUCCGUGUCUCUGGACCGUGUGAAGGACAUGAAGCGUUACCAGAAAAUCAACCAUUUCCCAGGGAUGAUUGAGAUCUGCCGCAAAGAUUUACUGGCAAGAAACAUGAACCGCAUGCUCAAGCUUUUCCCUGAAGACUACAAUAUCUUCCCCAGAACGUGGUGCCUGCCUGCAGAUUACAGUAACUUCCAAGCUUUCACGAGGGCCAAAAAAAGCCAGACAUACAUCUGCAAGCCCGACACCGGUUGCCAAGGCAAAGGCAUCUUCAUCACCAGAUCCAGUAAAGACAUUAAGCCUGGAGAACACAUGAUCUGCCAGGUUUACAUCUCCAGGCCUCUCAUUAUUGACGGAUACAAGUUUGACCUGCGUAUCUACGUUCUGGUGACGUCGUGUGACCCGUUGAGCAUAUUCAUGUUCAAGGAGGGACUGGCUCGCUUCUGCACCACUAAAUACAAUGAACCAACACACGGCAACGUGGACGACGUGUGUAUGCAUCUCACCAACUACUCCAUCAACAAGAACAGUGAGAACUUUGUCCGUGACGAGGACACCGGCAGCAAACGAAAGCUGUCCACCUUCAACAAGUACCUCGAGUCCACCAGCCACAACACAGACAAGAUGUGGAACGACAUCGAGGACGUGAUCAUAAAGACUCUGAUCUCUGCUCACCCUGUCCUCAAGCACAACUACCACGGGUGCUUCCCUAACCACACCACCGGCAGCGCCUGCUUCGAGAUCCUGGGCUUCGACGUGCUGCUGGAUCACAAGCUCAGACCCUGGGUGCUGGAGGUGAAUCACUCCCCGAGUUUCACCACCGACUCUCAGCUGGACCGCGAGGUGAAGGAUGCGCUGCUGUACGACACUCUGGUCCUCAUCAACUUGGGCGCCUGCGACCGUCGCAAGAUCACCAAAGAGGAACGACGCAGGGUGAAGGACAGGCUGCAGCAGAACCGCCCCAGGGAGGCCAGUUUGGAGGAGCGGCGUCAGUGCCAGGCAGCCACGGUGGAGCAGAUGGAGAAGUACGAGGCCAAACACCCGGGAGGCUUCAAGAGGAUCUAUCCCAGAGAGGGAGGAGAGAAAUACGACAAGUACUUCAAACACAGCAGCUCGCUCUUUCAGGAGACGGCGGGGUCCAAGGCCAGAAAGGAAUGUGCCAGGCAACAGCUGCAGGAGCUGCAACUGAAGCAGGAGCUGCGACUGAAGCAGGACCUGCGACUGAAGCAGGAGCAGAAGGAGCGAGAGCAGAGGGGAGGCCGGAGGAGGGAAUCUCAGGGGGAGGCAGCGGGGGAGAAAGUCAAACCACGGCGCUCCUCAAUACAGCCCCCCAUGUCCAACUGUGACCCGCAGCCGCCUCCUUUGGUUCCAGGAGUUGAAGAGGAGGAGCGGCGAGAGGAGGAGGAAGACGCGGAGGAGAAGGAGCGGAUCAACUCGCUGCUCCAGAGGAAGAAGCUGCUGGAGGACAUGGGGGUGGUGCAGCUGCUGCUGAGCCAAGCCGAGGCAGGAGGAAUCGUGCAGGACAACAACCAGCACAGCAAGCAGGCUCCUCAGAGGCAGCAGCAGACCAAGCUGGAUUCUUUGAUGCAGUUUUCUCAGAGGACGAAGCAACAACAGCAGCAACAACAACAACAAACCAGCACUCAGACGUCACGGCAGCAGCUCCAGUCCCACAUGACUCAGCAGUGCCUGCUCAGGCCCCCGAUGGACCACAGGAGCCUGAACGAGUCGGCCUGCCUGCAGCACGACACCGAGCACCACGGCGGGCCGGGGGAGAUCCGAUGGAGCAUCAGCACCCAGAGGAUCCCCUGGCCAGCCGGUGGCUCCCUGGCUGCCAGUCAGGGCAGCAGGAGCAGCUCCCUCGUCGACCCCCGGUCCCAUCCGCCCCACGACCCCGCCGCCCUGCAGAGCCUCAUCAUCGUCGCCUCUCGCACCCCGCUGGUCAGGAGGCCUGGAUUCUCUCACGUCGGACGCAGCUCCUCCCGCAGAGCCCCCCAGCACGGUACAGGCCAGUGA